UCACUGUGCUCCUGACGUCACUCUCCGCCGUCCGAGUCGGGCUGUCAAAACGCUCAAAACACAACGGACAGAAACGUUUGAAUUCAACAAUAUGGGUUUUAACUUCAGCUGACUCGCAGAUAAACACUUCCAAACGCCAGUCAAGAUGCUUUUUAAGUGCUCUGUUGGGGCUGUCUCCUUCAUAUUUAUCACUUUGUUGGGGCUAUGGCCGUGUUUUUGCUGCGGGCAGCAGACUGCUUACAGCCCGGGGACAGUGGAGCAGGUGGCGGUCACGUUAGCAGAGAGCGACCGCGCAGCGCUGGAGGAGACAUUUCAGAUUGAAGGCCGAGCUGUUGUGUAUGGAGUGAGACCAGAGGCCUGGGCUCCUUCCUCUGUCGUGCUGGUUGAUGGAGAGGAGCACGUCGGCUUUGUCAGACUUGAUGGAAGCUUCACAGUAAACGAUGUCCCUUCUGGAUCAUAUGUGGUCCAGAUUGCGUCCCCGGUGUAUAAAUUCGAGCCUGUCAGAGUGGAUAUCACCAGCAAGGGCAAAAUGAGGGCACGCAGAGUCAAUUACAUCAAGACAUCUGAGGUAGUCCAGUUGCCUUACCCACUUCAGAUGAGAUGCAGUGGACUUCAUUCUUACUUUAUUAAGCGAGAGACUUGGUGCUGGUCAGAUUUCUUCAUGAAUCCCAUGGUUUUAAUGAUGGUGCUUCCUCUUGUGAUCAUCCUUCUUCUUCCAAAGGUCAUCAACACAAAUGACCCAGGGAUGAGAAGGGAAAUGGAACAGUCAAUGAAUAUGCUCAAUCCCAACCCUGAACUUCCAGAUGUGUCUGAGAUCAUGACUAAGUUCUUUGCCCCGCCCAAAAGCCACAGCAGUAAGCCAGGAGGCGAAGGUCACAGGGGUCACAGGGGUCACAGGGGUGGCGGCCCUAGGAGGAGGUAGCACUCAACUGUGCUGGGAGACAUGUUACUACUGCCUGAUUUCCCUGAUUCAGGCCUUUGUCAGCAAUCAUUUGCCAGAAAACAAUCUGCCUUAAAUGUUUAAGAGAAGAAGUGAAGGGUUUCAUUCCAAGACGCAUUUUAGAAUAUUUCUAAAAUACACCGUUGGAAGUGAGCUUUACACAUACAAGACAGAUCAGUGCUAUAUUAUGAUUAAAAAAUGUGUUUUCCAUUACAGUUCAGCUGUUAUUCUUUAAAGAAAUGUGUUAAAUUCACUAUUCACUAUUGUAACAAAUGGAUAAACAGCAUUUUGGAAUGAAACUCUUCAUAGGAUGCUGUUGUCAUUGCUAAUGCCUUAUUUCACUGUGUUUAACACCAAGUUUGAUUGCCUCUGGUGCUGUAAUGCCUUUAUUAAUGCAGAAUGUUUUUGAAUUUGAAACUUCUCCCGGGUACAUUUCUAAUUUUAAAACAAUUUAAUUAUUUAUUGACUGAUUAUUACCUCAGAGAAAAAAAAAAUUAAAUUAAUUCAGAGCUUUAUUAAUAUUUUAUUGACCUUAUGUAUUUAAACAGAGGAUAAAUAAUUUACUACUGACUAAUAUCAUUUCUUUUAUCCUGUCAUUAUGCUGUUCUGUAGUGGUUUUUUUACUCCCUGUGUGUAUUUUAAAGCCAACAGCCUUGGCUGACCAUUAUGGAAGUUGAAGGAGUGAAGGCUAAAUAUAGCAGUAGUGAGAGUGAGGGAGGAGCACCAGUGGGACUUUGAGUGACAGUCCAGCUUAGUUAGCUUUAGCAGCAGCCUGUGAAGUGUUUGCUUACAAGGGCAAACUAAAUUAGUGGAUCCUGAAAGGACUGUAAUAGUUUUGUUUUUUCAGAGCUUGUACCAUCACUGAACCUACAUCUGAAUAUAACAUACAUAAAACAACCAGUAAUGUUUUGACCUCGUAUUUAUUUUCAAACAUUUUAUGACUGUUUUGAGCAUUUACUGGAUUAUGCCUUAAUAUUCAAAUUUGAUGCCAAGACAUAACUUCCCACUAUGCCCAUGUAUAGUAUGUAAUGUCAUACCCUUCUUUUAUUUAAUCUGUAGUCAAAUCAUACAUUUAACAAAACAUUAAAAAGAGCAAUAACUACA